AUGUCUGAUUACUCCUUUGAAUAUUUCACCGUGCGGUUUCCAACCGACCAACAAUAUGUCGCCCACGUGGAGAUCAACCGUCCCGAGCGACUAAAUGCUUUCAUCGAGGUCAUGUGGCUGAACAUGGCCAAAAUCUUCAACAAACUAUCUUCAGACCCUUCAGUCCGUGCGAUCGUCCUCAGUGGCGCAGGCGAAAAAGCAUUCACGGCCGGGUUAGACGUCAAAGCCGCGUCCGAGGGCCUACUAUCCUCGGAAACAAGCACAGACCCAGCCCGCAAAGCAGCCUUUCUCCGCCGCCACAUCCUCGAAUUCCAAGAGUGUAUCACCGCAGUCGAGCGCUGCGAAAAGCCUAUUGUCGUUGCCAUGCAUGGAUUCUCACUAGGCCUCGCUAUCGACCUGUCCACAGCAACGGAUGUGCGUUUAUGUUCGCGCGACUCUAAAUUCGCUGUUAAGGAAGUCGAUAUCGGCAUUGCCGCGGAUAUCGGUACUCUGAGCCGUCUUCCUAAGGUCGUUGGGAGCUACGGGUGGGUCAAGGAGAUUGCCUUGACCGCGCGCGAAUUCGGAGCAGAGGAAGCGCUGCGUGUUGGAUUCGUGAAUGGGGUUUAUGAUUCUCGGGAAGCGACUGUCGCUGCGGCUCUUAAGCUUGCAAAUCUCAUGGCUAGUAAGAGCCCUGUUGCUGUGCAGGGUACCAAGGAGAUUUUGAACUAUUCGCGCGAUCACUCGGUGCAGGAUGGGUUGCGCUACACGAGUGUUUGGAAUGGCGCGGCUUUGCAAACGCAGGAUGUAUCGGCUGCUUUGUUGUCGGGACUGCAGAAGCGUGUUCCCACUUUUGAAAAGCUGUAG